AUGUCUCAGUGUUCUGGAAACCACUUUACAAAUGGGGAUGGUGAGGAUACCAACGGCAGCAGCCUGACAGAUUUCAUCCUGUUGGGGUUUUCUGAUCAUCCUCAGUUACAGGAGGCUCUGUUUGUAGUCAUCUUGAUCUUCUAUUUACUAACCAUUUUGGGUAACACCACGAUCAUACUGGUAUCUCAUUUGGAACCCAAACUUCACAUGCCAAUGUAUUUCUUCCUUUCUCAUCUCUCCUUCCUUGACCUAUGCUUCACCAGCAGUGUUAUUCCCCAACUCCUGGUAAACUUGCAGGAUCCCAUGAAAGCCAUUACAUAUGGGGGCUGCAUUGUUCAACUCUAUGUCUCACUUGCCCUGGGUUCCACAGAGUGUGUUUUGCUCGCAGUGAUGUCCUAUGAUCGCUAUAUUGCUGUCUGCCGUCCUCUACGUUACACAGUCUUUAUGCAUCCACGUCUUUGCAUGAUCCUGGCAUCUAUGGCAUGGCUCAGUGGGGUGGCCACCACCCUGGUACAGUCCACUCUCACCCUUCAGCUGCCCUUCUGUGGUCAUCACCAAGUGGAUCAUUUCAUCUGUGAGGUCCCUGUACUCAUCAAGUUGUCUUGCAUAGACACCACUUUCAAUGAGGCUGAGCUUUUUGUGGCUAGUAUCCUCUUCCUCAUAGUGCCUGUCUCAUUCAUCCCGGUCUCCUAUGGCUACAUUACCUGGGCUGUUUUGCAAAUCAAGUUGACUACUGGGAGACAGAAAGCGUUUGGGACCUGCUCUUCCCACCUGAUGGUGGUCAUCAUCUUCUAUGGAACCAUCAUCUUCGUGUAUCUGCAGCCGGCCAAGAGUAAAUACAAGGACCAGGGAAAAUUUGUUUCCCUCUUCUACACUGUGGUGACUCCUAUGCUAAACCCUCUUAUUUACACUCUGAGGAACAAAGAGUUUAAAGGGGCUCUUAAGAAAGUUCUAGGGAAUAUUCUGGCUGUAAAUUUUGCAUGA